AUGUAUCUUCAAUCACAAGCCUUUAUUUUUAUCUUAUUAUUGUUGACUAUUGUUUGUCAAGCAACUGGUGAAACUUGGGACUAUCAUGAAUCAGGACCCGAUGUUUGGAGCGAGGUAUAUGGAUCAUGUGGUACAUAUUCUCAAUCACCAAUUGUCAUCAAAACAGCAUGUACUGUUUAUCGAAAUUUUACGCCUUUUGAUUUUUCAUCAGCUUAUCAUCUAAAGCAUGAUUUUACACUUAUAAAUAAUGGACAUACAAUUGUUGGUACAUACAAUGGAAACGACUCAUCACCUUUCAAUUUGACUGGUGGUGGUUUGAAUGGAACAUUUCAAUUUUAUAAUUUUCAUCUUCACUGGGGUGAAAAUGCUAGAGCAGGCAGUGAACAUCAAGUAAAUGGUGAAAAAUAUGCUAGUGAAGUUCAUUUUGUUCAUAUGAAUCCUGUAACAAAAGAAAUAGCUGUGCUUGGUAUCUUUAUGAAUAAUAAACGAAAUACAAAUAACACAAACCAUACAAAUAGCACAAACUAUACACGAAGAAGACGCGAUACUACCAAUGACAGUGAAAAUAUAACAAUCACUGAAUGGCAUACCUAUUUUGACACAGCUUCAAAUUUAAAACAGAAAAACAAUUCAACUGUACUCAGUUUAAACCUAGCUUCGUUGAUGGGCAGUCAUCUCAAUAAUUUUUGGCGUUAUCGCGGUUCACUGACAACACCACCUUGUACUGAAGGUAUUAUUUGGACUGUGUUUAAAACACCUAUUACUUUUCAUGAACAUGAAAUAAGCAUUUUUCGAAAACAUAUUGUGUUGAAAAAUUAUCGUCAUCCACAACCAUUACAUCAGCGAAUGGUAUAUCGAAAUUUUUUGAAUGAAACACUGUCAUCAAUACCUGAUUAUAAUUGUUGUUCAAUAAGUUCAAAGACUUAUAAUCUUAAUUAUACUUUUAAACUUUUAAAUAAUGGGCAUACUAUUGUUGGUACAUACAAUGGUAACGAUUCAUCACCUUUCAUAUUAACUGGAGGUGGUUUGAAUGGAACAUUUGAGUUUUCUAAUUUUCAUCUUCACUGGGCUGAAAAUUCUAAAUCAGGCAGUGAACAUCAAGUAAAUGGUGUAAAACUUACAGGUGAAAUUCAUUUUGUUCAUAUUAAUCCUGAAACAAAAGUGAUUGCUGUACUUGGCAUCUUUAUGCAUAGUAGUCAGAACACAAGUACAAAUGAAACAAUUCAUACACGAAAAAGACGCGAUACUACCAAUGACAGUGAAAAUAUAACAAUCACUGAAUGGCGAAAGUAUUUUGCAACAGCUUCUAAUUUACAAGAGAUAAAUAAUUCAGCUGUACUCAGCUUAAACUUAGCUUCAUUGAUGGGAAGUAAUCUCAAUGAUUUUUGGCGUUAUCGAGGUUCACUGACAACACCACCUUGUACUGAAGGUGUCAUUUGGACUGUGUUCAAAACACCUAUUAAUUUUAGUGAAAAUGAAAUGAAUUCUUUUCGAAAAAAUAUCUCCUUAGACAAUUAUCGUAGUCCACAAGCAUUAUAUAAUCGAAUGGUUUAUCGAAAUUUUUUGAAUGAAACAUUGUCAUCAAUACCUGAUUAUAAUUGUUGUCCAGAAAAUUGGGGCAAUUCAUCGAAUUCAGCUACUCUCGGAGAUUUUAAUGGUGCUAAUAACACAGAUCUUGCCGCUAGAAGUUGUACAAAUGCUACAAUCAGUAUAUUACUUAGCAAUGGAAAUGGCAUCUUCCAAUUACAGAUAACUUAUAGAUUUGGCGCUUGUCCACAUUCAGUAGCUGCAGACGAUGUGCAUGGUGAUACUCAUAUGAAUACUGUUGUUGCUGGCAGUUUAUUCGGCUAUAUUAGCAUUUAUUGUGGCUAUGAUAAUGAAAGUUUUACAAUGCCCAAGUAUUUUGCUACUGAUAUGUGUCGAUGGGCUGUGGCUAUUGGUGACUUCAACAGAGAUAGUCGAUUGAAUAUCGUUGCCGCGCACGCUGAUACAAAUGUUGAUAUUCUUUUUAAUAUGUUUUGA